AUGUCGGUAACUAACUCAAAAAUACCCGGGGCUCAUAUCUUUUCAUUCCAAUAUCCCGAGCUGGACGGGAGGAGGAGAAAGCGGCGACCUGGGUCAGAUGGUGCCGCGGGGAACCCGGAUAUCCGUUUAUGCAAAAUCCGAAAUGCAUGCAACGCUUGUCGAGAGAAAAAGACACGAUGUUCGGGUCAUGAGCCGUGUGUCCGCUGCCAGCAAAAUGGACAGACAUGUGAAUACAUGCCGACGGUGGGCACCCCUCAGAAAACACCUCGUUCAUCAAGGGCUGGCAAGAGGAAGUCCCUCUCGGUACCAUCACCAACAAUCACAGCAAACUCUCAUGAGUCAAGAAUGGAUGAUCUGACUGUUUGCUCCCCAAUCGUUCCAGCUGAAUCUUCCGCUGGCAGUAGUAGAGAGGUUGACGAGAGCCCUCCAAAUGUUUCCUUGCAGGAGGACCAGUACGGCCAUCUACAUGGAGGCGCCUCAGAAUUUGCGUUCCUACAGUUCGCCAAACAGAAAUUAGCAAGUGUGCCAUCCAUGUCCAUUGACUUCUGCGAUUAUCCCCUCGCCGCGCCUGCUGGACCCAAUGUCAUGCCUCCAAAGCAAAUAGGGGACUUGCUGCUUCAGACUUUUUUCAAUUUUGGCCUUUCUACGUCACGCUAUAUUCAUCAACCCAGCCUGACAGAGGACUAUGAGAAAUUGUAUGAUGCGGCAAACACCGCCGAACUUGGGACAGAUAAAUUGGCACUUAUCUACAUGGUCAUGGCCUUGGGCUCCCACUACUCGACCCUACAAAACAUGUGGUGUGGCUAUUCCGCUAGCGUCCAGUUCUACCACAUGGCUGAUCAGCAACUUCAGAAGGGAACGAGUCGGAUCUCAAUAGCCUCACUUCAAUCUCGGCUUCUAAUCACACAUUAUCUGCUCAAUCAUUCUCGUAUGCACGAGGCGUGGUCUCUAUUUGGUGUCGUUGUUCGCCAUGCUCAAGCACUGGGCCUUCAUAGGAGAUCAACAAGGGCGGCAGGAAAUUUUAUCGUGUUGGAAACUCGAAAGAGGUUGUUCUGGGCCAUUUAUAUCAACGAUCGCAUUCUCAGUAGUAUAUUCGGCCGACCAUGCGCAUUGCAUGACAGUGAUAUCGACCAAGAGGAAGUUACACUAGCCAACGACGUCGAUAUCACCGCUACGAGUUGUAAAGUUUCCCCCACAGACACAUUCUGUUCCACAGCGGCUCUCUUUCACUAUUCAAGGCUUACCCGUAUUCUUGGAAUGAUUCUACAGCAGCUGUACGGUCCAGGGUCUCGAAGCCACAGCAUCCAAGAGCUGCACAGGAUGGCGCUUAUUUUUGAAUCGAAACUCACCGCUUGGAAAGACGAUCUUCCAACCUAUCUCGACUACACAAAGCUCCCCGCCUCGGCAAUGUCAACUAUGACGCAGCGCCAGACGUGCACCUUGAAAUUGACCUUCUCUCACGCAAGUUUAUUGUUGUAUCGGCCGUUCAUUUUGUACUCCCUUGAGGCAUCAGUGGAAAAGACGCCCAACCUCCAAGGCUGGAUAAAGCGGUGCCACGACAAAUCCAUCGAUGCCGCUAACACAAUUGUUGCUGAGUGCAAGUACUUGGCGCAAAGGGGGCUCUUCUCUCGGGUCUUCUACCUCGUUACAUACCUGCAAUUCGCUGCCAUCGGCACACUCUUCAUGUAUUGCCAUCUAUGGCCAAAUGCAUCCGAGGCCCGCAACACGGCCGAAGAGGCAAGGAUGGCAUUUCCCUCUGGUGUGGAAGGCGACCUUGUUGGGCAACGGUACGUCGAGGUCUUGAACGAGUUGAGCAAGCUUACUUCUACUACGAGCAUAGACCUGGCUAGUGGCGACUUUGAAGGGGUCCAAUUGAAUGACCUAGCUGCUGAUUUUGAGAGCGUCCCGGUAGAUCUUGCAGGUCCGUGGUCCAACUUGUUCUUUGACCCAACCACGUUUGAUGAGUAUCUAGGCUUUGACAUGGACGGAGCACAGAUGUGA